AUGGCAAUGUCUCCGAUCAAAUAUCUUACACGCCUUCUCGUUGCUAUCACCUCCCUAUCUCUUCUUGCUUCCUUUACCGAUGCUCAUGAAGACCGACAGGUUUAUAUUGCUUACAUGGGAAACCAGCCGUCGUCGCAAUACUACUCGACCGAUUCCCAUCUUACCUUACUCGAUCGAGUACUCGAUGGCGGCAGUUCGGCGAAGGAGCGCUUGGUUUACAGCUACACGAGGAGCUUCAAUGGGCUUGCAGCCAGACUCACUCACGAGGAGAAAGAAAAGUUAGCCGGUGAGCACGGAGUAAUCUCAGUGUUUCCUAGCAGAAAGCUCAAGCCUCACACCACGAGGUCAUGGGAUUUCUUGGGCUUGACUCGCGAUCUGCAGCGAAAGCAGUCGACCGGAACUGAUAUCAUUGUCGGGAUGUUAGACACAGGGAUUUGGCCCGAGGCAGAAGCGUUUAGCGACGAAGGCUUUGGACCACCGCCGAGCAAAUGGAAAGGUGUCUGCCAAAACUUCACAUGUAACAAUAAGAUCGUGGGAGCACGCUUCUACAUAGCCCCGGAUGCCUCGAUCCCCGUCGAGCGAUCUCCACGAGAUUUCAACGGCCACGGCAGCCACACCGCGUCGACGGUGGCCGGCGGCGAGGUGAGGAAAGCCAGCCUGUAUGGCAUUGCGAAAGGCACCGCAAGGGGUGGGGCGCCCACUGCAAGGAUCGCCGUCUACAAGAUCUGCUGGUCCGAUGGCUGCGAUUCCCAUCACAUCCUUGCUGCAUUCGACGACGCCAUAGCCGACGGCGUCGAUAUCAUAUCCGUGUCGCUCGGAGGGUCACUUGCAGUCGAUUACUUCGAGGACGAACUAGCGAUCGGAUCAUUCCAUGCCGUGGCGAAGGGAAUCCUUACAUCCGCUUCGGCAGGUAACUACGGGCCGUAUCGAGAGACCGUAACCAAUGUCGCUCCAUGGAUGCUGGUGGUUGCAGCAAGCAGCAUCGAUCGACGCAUCGUAGACAAGGUUGUCCUGGGAAAUAAUAAGACCAUCAGUGGGAUCUCUAUCAACAGCUUCCCCAGUCAGAAAAAAUUCUACCCACUGGUACUUGGCGAUGAAAGCAUCUGUUUGGAAGAAACCCCAAAUACAACUUUUGAAGGAAAGAUUAUCCUGUGUGAUGGUCUUUAUGAAGCUGGAGCUGUGUCUUCCGGUGCCAAGGGAGCAUUGGCAGUGAUUAGCGACCUGGACUCAGCACGCACAUACUCUCUUCCUGCAGUCGGCAUCAGCGAAAGACAGGGGAAAACAAUCAGAAACUACAUCGAGAGAGCCAGGAGACCUCUUUCUAGGAUAAAAAAAAGUCGAGCAAUCUUCAACCCAGGAGCGCCAGUUGUUGCUUUCUUCUCCUCCAGGGGGCCGAAUCCGAUCACUCCCAAUAUCCUGAAACCUGAUAUAAGUGCUCCUGGGACUGAUAUCUUGGCAACAUGGUCUCCCAAGGGCUCCGUUUCUAACGACGUCAAUGAUACGCGCUCAGUCAAGUACAACAUCAUAUCCGGAACAUCCAUGGCCUGCCCCCAUGCCACUGCUGUUGCUGCCUACGUCAAGUCGUUCCACCCGGGAUGGUCUCCGGCAGCCAUCAAGUCUGCUCUUAUGACGACAGCCACUCCUAUGAGUCCGUCACGCAAUCCAGAGGCCGAACUCGCCUAUGGAGCUGGGCAACUCAAUCCGAAAAAGGCAACAAGUCCGGGUCUUGUGUAUGAUGCAACCGCGAGAGACUUCGUGAACAUGCUCUGCGUGCAAGGCUACAGCACAAGGUUGAUCAGGCUCGUGACUGGAGAUAAUAGCAGCAGCUGUCCCAGGAACGUAAACGUAACAACGGUGGAUAUGAACUAUCCUACGAUGACCCGCUAUGUUGCACGGGGUAAGGAGUACCGAGCAGAAUUCUCGAGGACAGUAACCAAUGUGGGAAAUCCAAAUUCCACCUACACAGCCAAGGUCGCCUCAGGAUCCGGUCUUGAUAUUGAGGUGAAUCCACGUAAGCUUCACUUCGGAGAAUUGAAUGAGAAGCAAAGCUUCGUCGUGAGGGUCGCUGGGAAGCCGCUCUCGCUGAACUCUGUUGCCUCGGCUUCGAUCGUAUGGUCCGAUGGAAAACAUGAGGUGAGAAGUCCGAUAGUUAUACAUACAGAACAUGAGCUGUGGUCAUGA